AUGCAGUCGCAUAAGAAGGACUACCGCUUCCCCUGCACACAGUGCGGCAAGCGCUUCCAUGCCGAACGAUACCUCCGGGGUCAUAUCCGAUGGGUGCACGAAGGGAAUCUCAAAGAAUACAAGAAAAACUAUUAUGCUAAGCGUAAGGAGAAGGAAAAACAGGGUCUGGUGGAGGCGUACAAAGAUCCCCGAAGGAAACUGGCUUUCGAAGACUUUCCAUACAAAUGCCACGAAUGCAAACUGGGAUACGUGCGACGAAGCAAACUGAUGCACCACGUCAAAGCCAAACACUCCGAUAUGGAUCCGCAUAGUGUACCGUUGUGA